UUGCUACACGCACACAGAUGUCAGCAGAGUUUCUCAAUCUGUCACUUCUCUAGGUGGAGUGCGCUUGAUGGAGCAAGGAAAAAUCGGAUACAGCAACCAUGACUUUCUGACAACUCCUGUGAACCGGCUUCCGAUGAACACUUGAGCCGAGAGCGUGUUUUUAUCACCCUCAACACGUUAUACCUGUUAGCGACUCCUUUUUUUUCCUUCGUUAUUUGACAACUGUGGAACAACACCCAUGCGCCUGUGUCAGAAGUUGCCAUGCUAACCACCGUUAGCUGCUGCUUCUUCACGUAGCUAUGUUUUCUCUGCUAGCGAAGAAAAGUGGUACUGUAGUUGUGGAAGUCUAGUUUGUUUUGUUGUUGUUUUAAAGCUAGAAAGUACGUGUCAUUUUAGAGUAGUUUCCCACCUCCUCUCUGUGUAAAAACGAAGCUAUCAAUCUGUCAGAAAUGGGACUACACCCGCUGGAAUUUAGUGAAUGCUAUCUGGACAGCCCCUGCUUCAGGGAGAAAAUAAAGGCACACGAAGCAGAGCUGGACAAAACUAACAGAUUUAUCAAAGAGCUGUACAAAGAUGGGAAGAACCUCAUCAAUGCAACAAAGCAGCUGGGUAUGGCACAGCGAAAGUUUGCUCAGUGCCUGGGAGAGUUUCAGUUUGAGUACAUCGGAGAUGCAAAGACAGAUGAUGAAAAGUGUAUCGAUGAGUCUUUGCAGGAGUUCUCCUCAUUCCUCAAGAACCUAGAAGACCAAAGAGAGCUGAUGAUGAGAAACAUCACAGAAACCUUAAUGAAACCCCUGGAGAAGUUCAGGAAAGAUCAUCUUGGUAUAGUUAGGGCGGAAAGAAAGAAGUAUGAGAAAGAAACAGAGAAGUACUACAGCUCUCUGGAAAAGCUUCUGAAUAUGUCAGCAAAGAAGAAAGAGCCACAGCUACAAGAGGCAGACAUCCAGGUGGAUGCCAUGAGGCAGCACUUUCAGGAGGAGUCACUGGACUAUGUGUGCAAAUUGCAGGAGAUCCAAGAGAGAAAGAAGUUUGAGUGUGUGGAACCGAUGCUGGCCUUCUUUCAGACAGUCUUCACCUUUUAUCACCAGGGCUUCGAGCUCGCCAAGGACUUUGACCAUUAUAAAAGAGCACUGCAGAUCAAUAUUCAGAAUACAAGGAGUCGAUUUGAGGGCGCGCGGUCUGAAGUGUACGAGCUGAUGAAAAGGAUCAGGGAGACACCUCAGGAAUACAGACAGACCAGCCCUAUCAGUUGUGAAGGCUAUCUCUAUGUACAAGAAAAACGGCCACCUCCCUUUGGUUCAAGUUGGGUCAAACGCUACUGCACAUUCGUCAAAGAGCAGAAGAUCCUCCACAUGGUGACCUUCGACCACAGAUCUGGUGGGAAGAAUGGUGAGAUAGAGUCUGUCACGCUCAAAUCCUGUGUUCGCAAAACGACAGACAUGUUGGACAGGAGGUUCUGUUUAGAACUCGACAUAACAGAUCGGCCAGGGACGGUGCUAACAGUACAGGCUCUGUCAGAGGAUGACCAGAAGUUCUGGAUGCAGGCCAUGGGUGGGAAGGACCCUAUUGGACACUAUCUUGGGAGGACUUAUUCUAAAGAACGAGGAAUUGAUGCCCAGCUGGAUGAUGUGGGUUUAAGUUUUGUGAAGAACUCCAUCAGCGCCAUAGAGACAAGAGGUAUUAAUGACCAAGGGCUGUACAGAGUUGUCGGGGUAAGCUCCAAGGUCCAGAAGCUUCUCUCAUUAAUGAUUGAUGAGACGAGCAACGAAGUGGAUCUGUCUACCAGCGAGGACUGGGACAUUAAGACAAUAACGAGUGCACUGAAGCUUUAUCUAAGGAGCCUCCCUGAGCCGUUGAUGACCUAUGGACUUUACAAAGAGUUUAUUAGCCCUGCGAAGGGCGGUAGUCCAGAGUCUCGCAUCCAAGCCAUCCACUGCCUGGUCCACAAACUACCGGAGAGGAAUCGACAAGUCCUCGGGCUGCUUAUGAAGCAUCUGGCCAAUGUGGCAGCUAACAGUAAACAGAAUCUGAUGACCGUGGCAAACCUAGGCGUGGUGUUUGGCCCCACGUUAAUGAGGCCGCAGGAGGAGACUGUCGCUGCCAUCAUGGAUCUUAAGUUCCAGAACAUUGUGGUGGAGAUCCUCAUUGAACACCAUGAAAAGAUCUUUGCAGAUGCUCCCGAGUCAUGCCCUCUUUCACCUGCUGCCCCAGUAUUCUCUGCUCCCGCAAGGCAGUCCAAGAAGCUGAGUCGACAGAAUCGGCCCUUGGCUGUCUACAAUCCACAAGCCCUAGACAUUCAGAAUGCAGUGGGAGAUAGUUCCAGCCUAACUCCUGAUGAGACAUCAAUGGGCAGCAAUGAGUCCGUAUCUUCCCAGUCAUCGUCAGCCUCGACCUCGGAGACACCUAUAGAGAGGAGUGACCAUGCCCCACUUAGCACCAGCCUCAGCUCGGGCAGCAACUCCAAGGCCCCCACAGCAGGAACUUCCUGGUCCACUCUUGGAGGGCCAGGAGAGAGUCAAUCUGCUGCCAACACAGCUGCUUCUGAAAAAGAAAAGCCUGAGGAGAGUGUCACCAGCAGGAAAGCCAUGGCAGUGUACCCAUGUGAGGCUGAGCACGACUCUGAGCUCUCCUUCCAGGUCGGUGCAAUAUUCAACGCCGUGACCCAGUCGAGAGAGCCAGGCUGGCUGGAGGGCGAGCUGGAGGGAAAGAGGGGCCUCAUCCCUGAAAACUACGUGGAGAUGUUGUAGCCUCAAAUGGAAAUAUUUAUGGACAAGUUAUUACAUCCACCUGGAAAAAUCUGCGGAGAAUGCAUGUGCCUCAACUCUGACAUUCACAGUAGAGCCUUGUUUAUCCAAGUCCCUGAAUACUCUCAAGCAAGUGACAAUAUAUUAUUACUGUUGGACUAUUCUUGAUACACAAGUAUAUGCAUUUUUGGCUGGCAAGUAGACUUUUGUGAUGCAUGUGCAAGCAUGUUUCUUUGUUUGAAUUUACUUUACUACAUCAAUUUCAUCGUUGUAAUAGCAAAAUGGGUUUGCACUUAAAAUAUUAUGCUGUAUACAAAGAUGCUGUAGCCUCUAAACAUUCAGGUAACUUUGUUAGCAGCACCAGAGAAUGAGUGCCUCUCUGUUAAAGGCCUCCCUCUCUCCCCUAGUUAUACAUGGUAUCCAUGAGCACCCAAAGUCAAAGAAUGAUCCUCAGAAACUGUAAGGAUCAAGGAAUGUCAGAAUUCAAAUCACUGUAAUCAGUUUUUUAAGAUAUUUUGCACCAAAUUCAGUAGCUUUAGACCCUCUUAACAAUGUUUGUUUUCAGCUUUUAAAAGAUUAGAGAUACUGUACCUACCGUGCCUCAACUAUCAGCGUUACACCCAGUGUAAAUGUAUGUACAGGUUUAUAUGAAAACGAAUUGGAGUGUUACUGCUUUAGCUUUUAAAAUGUUGUAUUCUUCUGUCAUUUUAAGAAUAUUUGGACAGUCAAAAUGAGGCACAUCACUAUUGUAAUUGUAUUUAAUUUAAUUGGCACAUUGAUUGCAUGACUUUUGAAUUUUAAACACACUCUGUACUGUUUUGUUCUUGGUGCACUCCUUUACAGAAACACAGUAAAACGCCUCUUUGAUGCCUAAUGGACCUCUUGUGUUAAACACUAGCAUCAGAGAGUCAGCAGAGGUAAUGAUUUAAACCAAGUGUUUUUCUUGUCAAAGGAUCUGUUUUUGUUUGUUUUUAAAGCUUAUUUUAAACGUUGCUCAGUUUCCUCUGAGCAGAGAAAUGAUACACUCCCACAAAGUUGUAAUUUUAGUUUAUCGUUAUUUUAUCUUCAACUUCAGAGGAAUAAGUGAUCAGAAAUCACAAUCAGAAAGUUUUAUUAUCAGUUAGAACACAAAAUGCAGUAUUUCAAAGUUUUACAUCUGUUCAGUGUAUGUAGAGUUAUGACUACCAAGUAUGUUUUACACGUCUCCGUUAAGUGAUGGACAGUUUUCAUUUGGUCUAGCAUGUACACAUGUCCCAUUACAAUUCAUCCCUCCGCUGUUCAAUAAGACACUUUAAUUUCUCGGAGAGCUUUGGUUCAGCAGACUGUGUUUGCAAUAAUUUAAGACACUGAUUUAUGAUGUUUGUAAAGGGCCUUGACUUCUUUUUAUACCUUUGGGUAUUCUGUUGAUCAAUGUUAAACAAAUAAAGUUUUGUCUGUUCUUUA